AUGAGCGAGAAGGCCGCAGUCGCCACGCCCCUCUUGUCUCCGCCGUCUUCCUAUUGGUCGGAGCUAAUGAUGACAAACGGUCUUGAACGGAAGACGCCGACGCGUUUCGAACGCGAGGCGUGCUCGAGGCGAAAGGAGGGGGGAUGGGGGGUUGCAAACUGUCGCUUUUUUAACGCUAAAUCGCUGUAAGUGCGUUUCGCGAUUCUUUUCCGUGUAACCACGUGAAGAACCUCGUCACAUCGGUUUGUUUUGCUGUAGAAGUUUUGAGACCUUGUUUUUCCACAUGCUCGCGGUGGCUUAAAACGUUAAAGGUAGACAUGAAAAGGGUAUAUGGUGACAAAAGCUUCGAAUAGAAACGUGACGUGCUUAGAUCCAAUCACGUGAUUGCAAGAGAAAACGGAAGUCCCUCUAUUGCGAGAAAAAAGAAAAACUCAACUGCGAGAUAGUUUUUUUCAAUCAAAAGAUUUUAUUUCUGGUCUCAGAACUGCAUUACAGAAUUUCAACAAGCGCCGGUGACGGCUGUUCUGCACGUGCAAAAGAUGAAAGAAGUUGCCGCGAGCGGCACAGACUCCAAAUAA